AUGUUUGAACUGCUUAUCGGCUGCCAGGGCGCACUUUCUCUCAACGGCGCCGAUGAUGAGCUCUACCGCGAGCGGCCACCUCAACCAGCAGCGCCCCCAUUCCGUCCGCCGUUGCUUCUGCAACAGCAGCAGUUCCCCGUUGCAGCAGCCAGCAGGGUAAGCGCACGGGAUGAUGACGUCCCAAGGCGGGGGCGUUAUGAGUCGCAGCAACGGCCGCUCGGCUCGGUGGAAUGCGUGACAUGUCGGCGGUUCCCCCCAGACAAAGUGUAG